AUGAUCCCAUUGUUGAUUCUCCUAAAUUUGUGUCUCGGCGACGAGCUCGAGACAUUCAGCCUGGACACUGUCGAACCACAGAGCCUCGGGCCAGCGCUAAAGCCGGUGUUCCUUAUCAAUGCGACUCCAGAGGCAGUGGAACAAUUCAUGGGAAUCGCCCACACCGCAGGGCUCACCCAGCACAGAAAAGCUGUAGAGUUGGAUGUGCUCGUGGGCACGUUGAGGCCAGAGGUUCAAGCGGCUUUUCAGACCUACAAAGCUGAAGCGCUGAUGCUGAAGUUAGCUCAAGAUGAACGGUACACGGACGCAGUGGCCAAGGCCCACUACGUGAUAGCUCAUUUGAAUGCUCUCAAAUCGAGUCGAAAUAUUGGUGACAACGAGAAAAAGAAGCGAACCGAGAUGAUAUUUGCCGAAUUCACGACUUUUCUCGUUGACGCGAUAACAGAAGAGGUGAGCAAUGUCGUCGAAAACAUGAUGCGAAUGAUGCUCAGAGCUGUGCUUUUUACAGAGAAAUGGGGCUCU